UAUUAAAUCCCUGGACUUCAUUUCUUCAACUGUGAUGCUCUGUUUCUCUCUGAGAAGAUUUCAUUUGAAGCAAGAAUGAGCAGCUGGAGAAGUCUUCUUCUUCGAAUUGGCGAUAAAUGCUCCGAGUAUGGCAGCAGUUCGGACUUUAAAGAACACAUUGAAACUUGUUUUGGUGUUAUUCGGCGAGAAUUGGAGCACUCUGCAAAUGAUAUUUUAUCUUUCAUUCUUCAAUGUGCUGAACAGUUACCUCACAAGAUUCCUUUGUAUGGGACAGUGGUUGGCCUACUGAAUUUGGAAAAUGAAGACUUUGUCCGGAAAAUAGUGGAGAAUUCUCAAACUAAUUUCCAGGAUGCCUUGGAUUCUGGAAAUUGCGAUAAGAUUCGAGUUUUGAUGCGCUUUCUGACAUCAAUGAUGUGCAGUAAAGUUCUCCAACCAACUGCUUUGGUGGUUGUGUUUGAAACCUUAUUGUCCUCUGCUGCUACAACAGUGGAUGAGGAGAAAGGAAAUCCCUCUUGGCAAGCACGUGGAGACUUUUAUGUAACAUGCAUUUUAUCCUGUCUUCCAUGGGGAGGAUCAGAACUGGUCGAGCAAGUUCCAGAGGAGAUUGAAAGAGUCAUGGUUGGAAUACAAGCCUAUAUGAGCAUUAGGAGGCACAAUUCAGACACUGGCCUAUCUUUUUUCGAGGAUGAUGAUGAAUCUGAGAAAGGUGCUACCGAAAAGGAUUUCCUGGAAGAUUUAUGGGAUAGAAUACAGGGUUUAUCCAGCAAUGGAUGGAAAAUUGAUAGUGUUCCAAGACCCCACCUAGCAUUUGAAGCUCAGCUUGUCGCUGGAAAGUGCCAUGAGUUUGGGCCCAUCAAUGCUCCUGAGCAACCUGAGCCACUUGUACAGCUUUCUGGGAUAAUUUAUGGUAAACAGAAGCACAAUGCAGAGUUGAAGUAUCCACAACGAAUACGCAGGCUUAAUAUAUUUCCUGCAAGUAAAACUGAGGAUAUGCAACCUAUAGAUCGCUUCAUUGUGGAAGAGUAUUUAUUGGAUGUGCUUUUGUUUCUGAAUGGCUGUCGAAAGGAAUGUGCUUCAUACAUGGUUGGCCUGCCUGUCCCCUUCCGAUACGAGUAUCUUAUGGCAGAGACUAUAUUCUCUCAGUUACUUUUGUUACCUACGCCACCAUUCAAGCCAAUAUAUUAUACACUGGUUAUAAUGGAUCUUUGUAAGGCUCUUCCUGGGGCUUUUCCUGCAGUUGUAGCUGGCGCAGUUCGUGCUCUUUUUGAGAAAAUAGCUGAUUUAGAUAUGGAAUGUCGCACAAGGCUUAUCCUUUGGUUUUCACACCAUCUGUCAAACUUUCAAUUCAUUUGGCCAUGGGAAGAAUGGGCUUAUGUUUUGGACCUUCCGAAGUGGGCACCACAGCGUGUGUUUGUUCAAGAGGUUUUGGAGAGAGAAGUUCGUCUAUCAUACUGGGACAAAGUUAAACAGAGCAUUGAGAACGCACCUGCUUUAGAGGAGUUGCUUCCACCAAAAGGUGCUCCAAACUUCAAAUACAUGACAGAAGAUGGCAAAGAAAUAACUGAACAGCAUGCACUUUCUGCAGAGCUCAGCAACAAAGUUAAGGGAAGGCAAACUGCCCGAGAAAUAAUCUCAUGGGUGGAAGAAAGUGUAUUUCCUCAUCAUGGUUUGGAAGUUACUCUUACUGUGGUCGUGCAAACUCUUCUUGACAUUGGGUCUAAAAGUUUCACCCAUCUCAUUACUGUUUUGGAGAGAUAUGGUCAAGUCAUUGCCCGUCUAUGUCAUGAUCACGACGAAUUUUGGCUCACCCACAAUGUUUCAGAAUAUUUGUUACUAAGAGGAGAGCUUUCCCUUGUUCUUCCUUUUCAGGUCCUUAGGAAUGCCAUCAGCAAGACAUACAAUCGGAUAUCUGAUUUAAGGAAAGAGAUCUUGUCUCUUAAGAAGAGUGUUGUAUCAGCAGAGGAGGCUGCAGCCAAGGCAAAAGCUGAGUUAGAUGCUGCUGAAUCAAAGCUUACUCUGGUGGAUGGUGAACCUGUCCUUGGUGAGAACCCUGUGAAGAUGAAGCCCUUAAAAUCAAAGGCUGAAAAAACAAAUGAAGAGGCUAUAUCUGUGCGUGACUCAUUGGAGGCCAAGGCGGCUCUUCUUGCUCGUGCCCUGGAUGAAAAUGAGGCAUUGUUCCUCUCAUUGUACAAAAACUUCUCAAAUGUGCUGAUGGAACGCUUGCCGGAUCCAUCUAAAGCUCCAGCUUUGCGGGCUUUGAAGUCAGGGCAGGUUGAUCAAAUGGCUGUUGACAUUGAUGAAACAUCAGAAAUGGAAUUGGACAACGAAAAUGGAAGACCCAAAAAAAGUCAGUCUAAUGGGGAAAAGGGAAGUACUGCCUAUAAUAUAGGUGAAAAAGAGCAGUGGUGUUUAUCAACUCUAGGCUAUGUCAAGGCCUUCUCAAGGCAAUAUGCUUCUGAGAUUUGGCCUCACAUGGAGAAAUUGGAAGUGGAGGUAUUCACUGAAAACGCACAUCCUCUUUUCUUGAAAGCAGUUUAUUCCGGUUUACGUCGGCCUAUCAUUGAGGUGUCAUCAAGCUAAAUUUAUGUUGUCUCUUAUUCCAUGUUAACAUCUUUUCCUUUUUUUUACUAAAAAUUUAUUACUGUAUAUGAAUGAACAAAUGGACGGGAAAGAACUUAUGUACUGUUUAGGUUAAGCUAAGCUGAGCAAUUUUUCGUUUGGUCAACUCCUUUGUGAACUCUGGUACAUCAAAGAAGACAGGUACAAAUUUGGAGCCUAACAAGAUAUGUAAUUUUGUAUUCUAGGGUUAUGAAUUAUCUCUAUCAUCUUUUGCAUUCUCUUUUUGCCCCUUGUAUGUUCAGUAUGAAUAUUAUCAACUGCAGGAUUGAAUUUGUUGUUCUCUGUAGUUUUUAA